GCCAAGCAGCAGCCUGUGUGGCACCCCCCCACCAGCCCAAACCCCCUGUCGCAGCUCCCCCGAGCCAGGCCCAAGCCGCCAUGGCUGCACGACUCGGGUCCCCUCCCCCAGGCCAGGCCAGGCCGGAGCCCUCGUGGCAUCUCCCCGCCCUAUGGCUCUCGGCCGGGCCUGUCACAUCUGGUAGCAGUUUGAGUUAAUUUUGGCAUGUGCCAUAGAGCCCUCUGGGGCUGGGGGGAGCCCUGGCAGGCGGCUCCCCCCUCAGAACACCCUCGGGGCCUGCAAUUAGCGGCAGCUGCUUUUGGCCCUAUUUUGAGAUGGGUUUUGUUAACCCCUUCGGCGCCGCGAUGGCGAGCGCUGGCCCUGGCCCCGCUCCCGCUUGUCUUGCAGCUGGAGGAUGCUCUGAGCCUCAGCCCCAUGAAAGGGGGCAAAUCUCAUCCCACCCCAUUUCAGAGGGGAAACUGAGGCCUGGAGAUAGGACUUGUCCGAGGUUGUGCAGCCAGUCAGGCCCAGAGCUGGGCCAGCCCAAGAGUCCUGGCUCCUGCCCCCCACCCCCAAUGUGCCUGGGAGCCCCAGUCCUCCCCUCUAACCACAGACCUUUUCCCUGUCUGGUGGGUUCUGGUCUCUCCUGGCCUGGGGGAAGGUGCAGGGAGACACAGGGUGCAUCUAACCCUCCCUCCCUUCCCGACCCCCACUCCCCAGGGGCCCUGCUCCCCCAUGGCGGCCCUCCUGAGGAGCCUGGUGGGGGCGUCGGAGAAGUCGGCCCGCAUCGCCCAGCUGUGCCGCCAGGAGGAGGCGCUCUUCCAGCUGCUCAUCGAGGAGAAGACGGGCGCCGACAAGAACAAGAAGUUUGUGCAGGAUUUCAAGACGCUGGCGGACGUGCUGAUCCAGGAGGUCAUAAAGCACGAUGUGGGCACGGAGUUCCCGGAACUGCACGGCCACAUCUGCGGGGAGGAAUCCAACAAGUUUGAGAACAGCCUGGAUUCCACCAAUCAGUACAUCCGUGGCCAGGCCAACGUGGCGCCCGUGGAUGGCAUCUGCCCGUCCGGGCUGCGCUCGGCACUGGUGCUCAUCGGGGUGUAUGACCGCAGCUCGGGGAGCCCCGUCCUGGGGGUCAUCAAUGAGCCGUUCUUCCGGGAGGACCCCGUCACCCACAGGUACCUGCCCCUCCCCCCGAGCCCUGUCCUAGGAUGCCCUGAGCUGGGAUGCCUCAGUAAUUCCCCACCACCAUAA